AUGGAGAAAAAAGGGUAUUCGUCUUCCAGGGGUUGUUUUCAUAUCAUUAAGAGAGUUAUUUGUAUAGAUGGAUCUUCACCAGAUACAGGAAAAGGGAAGAUCAAGUUUAAGUCAUCAUCAAGUAGUAAUGAAGUGUCACAUGGAUUCCAUUUGGUGGAAGGUCAAUCGGGUCAUGACAUGGAGGACUACCAUGUUGCUGAGUACAGGCAAAAGAGGGGGCAUGUGCUAGGUUUGUUUGCUAUUUUUGAUGGUCACCUUGGUGAUCGUGUACCAAGCUACUUAAAGGAAAAUCUCUAUAACAACAUACUCGAAGAGCCUAGCUUUUGGGUGGACCCUAAGAGCGCUAUAAAAAAUGCUUACAACUCGACUGAUAAAGUUAUCCUAGAGAAUUCCAUGCAAUUAGGACCUGGUGGGUCAACGGCGGUAACUGCUAUUGUUAUUGAUGGAAAAGAUCUAUUGGUGGCAAACGUUGGUGAUUCCCGAGCUGUCUUGUGCCAGAGUGGAACUGCCAGACAACUCACUGUGGAUCAUGAGCCACACAACGAACGAAGAAGAAUCGAGAAACAGGGUGGUUUUGUGACUAAUCUUCCUGGAGAUGUGCCUCGUGUUAACGGGCAGCUUGCUGUGGCACGUGCUUUUGGAGACGAAAACCUAAAAGCACAUUUGAGUUCAGAGCCUGAUGUAUGCAAUGUACGCAUCAACUCAAGUAUAGAGUUCGUCAUUUUAGCAAGUGAUGGUUUAUGGAAGGUGAUGGAUAACCAAGAGGCUGUCAAUAUGGUAAGAUCCAUUAGAAAUCCUCAAGCAGCAGCUAAGCGUUUAACCACGGAGGCUUUGACGAGAAAGAGCAAAGACGAUAUAUCAUGCAUUGUUAUCCGCUUUGGAUAA